AUGGCCCAACACCAAGCGAUAUCUGUGCCCCAGUCCAUGCUCGAUUUGCUGGCCAAUUUGACUGAAGACCAGUCCGCCGGGGAGAUUCCUUGCGUGGAUCUCUACACUUGUUCUACCUCUGUGGCAUCCUUGAGUCAAAGACCUUUGUCCCCUGCGGAAGGACUGCUGGCUUUGGAAGGAAGAGAAGCCGAGAUGGAGGAAGAGGAGGAGGAAGAAGAGGAACGGGUGGUGAGACGAGCUGCUUUCCUGGGCAGGCCCAAAAGAAAACGGAUCAUCACCUCCACGCAGCGGCAGGCAGCCAACGUCCGGGAGAGGAAGAGGAUGUUCAACCUCAACGAAGCCUUUGAGCAGCUGAGGAGGAAGGUCCCUACAUUUGCCUACGAGAAGCGUCUCUCUAGGAUCGAGACCUUGCGCCUGGCGAUCGUCUACAUUUCCUUUAUGACGGAGCUUCUGGAAGGCGACCAAGCUAGCUAA